CGUGUCAAGACAACAAGUUCAGCAUAUAAAAGUAUCAGGCAAAUGUGUGAAAAUUUCAGAAAGUAUCAUACAUAAUGACUACUGAAAUAAGCAGCGAUUCAGUUGAGAAGAUCGGCCAACAGUUGCUGGACACAACUAAACCGCUAAACGAUAGAUUUCGAGCACUUUUCACUUUACGAAAUCUUGGGGGUGAAAUGGCGAUUGACUUCAUCUCAAGAUGUUUCACGGAUCCGUCGGCCUUACUCAAACACGAACUGGCGUAUUGCUUGGGCCAGAUGCAGGAUGUGUAUGCUAUACCGACUCUGAAGAAAGUCUUACAAGAUGAGAGCCAAGAGGCGAUGGUUCGGCAUGAAGCGGGAGAAGCGCUUGGAGCUAUUGGAUCUCCUGAAAGCUUAGAAAUCCUGAAACAGUACUCUAAUGAUUCUGUGAAAGAGGUUGCAGAGACUUGUCAGUUGGCUGUGAAUAGGAUCAACUGGUUAUUGAAUGAUGGGAAGAAUCAGGUAUUAAACAACAGGGUAUAUUUAUCAGUUGACCCUGCGCCGCCAGAUAACGAGGUGAAUGUAGAUGUCAUGCGGAACACGCUUCUGAACGAAAACCUGUCGCUGUUUGAGAGAUACAGGGCCAUGUUCUCCCUCAGGAAUACAGGUGGAAAAGAUGCUGUUCUUGCUUUAGCUGAAGGCCUUAAGUGCAGCAGUGCAUUGUUCAGGCAUGAGGUAGCCUAUGUCCUGGGUCAGAUGCAGCAUGAUGCUUGCGUGCAGCAGUUAGCUGUUAGCCUCAAGGACAAAUCAGAGAACCCCAUGGUUAGACACGAGUGCGCAGAAGCCCUAGGAUCUAUCGCGACCAAAGAGUGUACAGAUAUUCUGCAGAAGUAUUUGACGGACGAGGAAAGAGUUGUGCGAGAGAGCUGUGUUGUGGCACUGGACAUCAGUGAACAUGAAAAGAGUGAACAUUUUCAGUAUGCUGACACGCUUUCCAAAUUGACUGAUAAGAAGCAGGUCAAUGCUGAUGAACUGCCAUGACCAACUUCAAUGAUUUUUGUUUAAUCAUUUUAUGAUUAUUAAAUUAAUUUUUUUAAACAUUUCUCCAUUCUUCACUAUAAUGAAGGUCAUUUGACUUGUGUGAUUUAACCAAUGAAUUUCACUUGCAUAAGCUGCCUACACAGAAAUAAGUGAUAAACACAAUUCUUAACUAUCUGUAUUAUAUUUUAUAUACCUGUGCACAGAUUCUUGGUGGCUAGUAAGACCAGUAGACCUUGACCUGUCCUUUUUGUAUUUAUUUGGUUGUUGCUUAUUGCCAUAUUCAUGAAUUGUUCACUUUAUACAUAUUAUUUUUAUGGGUGGAGGAGGCCAGGGUUGGAAGACAAGUGAUCUUCAACCAACAUUAAGCUGCACAAGCAGCUAGGGAAAUCAAUAAAUGCCUUGGUCAAGCCUGGGUUUGAACCCACACCUGGUGUGUCUUACCAGUUGAGACAAGCACUUUUAACCACUAGAUCACAGUCUGCUCCCUGUAUGACAGGUUGAGUACGUGUCUCGCGAGGUGUAAUGUUUUUUCCAGGUUAUGUUCAAUUUGUUCCAUCAACCAAUACACUGGUGAUCUGUAGCACAGCAUAAAACACCAACCAAAUUAAAGAAUGAAAUGUUAGUUCGUUAGUUAAUAAAGGCAUUCGACAGUACAGAA